CCACCUUGAUAUCGGAAUUAUAUGAUACAGGUUCAGGAUGGUUCAGGGCUACCUGGCAGCCAAGCCAUGCCAAGCCCAUUAUUUGGAUCCUGUGAUGUAAAUGUAGUCCGUAUGAUUCACAAAACAAAUGCAAGUCAGAAGGUCAAGGGCAAGAAAAGAUCAUACCCUGCCCGCCCAUGUCUGUGGAGCAUUUGGACGACUUGUGGACGACCAGGGCGGAUGCAACAGCCACACUGGUCGGACUUUGUGCAAGAGCCUGGGAUCUUCUUUCAACCCGUGGCUCGUGACAAGGGUGUCAUGGAUGCCACCGAUGAGGCCAUCAAGUCCGACAUUCGGGCCAUGAGCAAGUUGCCUUGGGCAGAGCAUAUGGCUAUCUUGACAGGGGAUGAUGACUUCGUUCCCAGCGUGCAAGAGUUCUGUGCCAGCGGACGCUCGGCGAUAUUACUCCUUCCGCCGGGCAAGACCAGCUGCUUGAAGCGCUACAGCGAGGAGACGGAGGCCCAGGUUUGUACCCUGAAGCCACCCAGGUCGUUGGUGAAAUGCCCAACUGUGAUGGCCCUGUUGCACGCAACAGGGGAUGGAUCACUGCAGGAGCGGCAACUCCAAUGGCCUGAGGAACGCUGCCUUCAGCUCGACGAGAUGUUAAAGACGUUGGCCGAGCUCGGCUACUACCAUCCAGAAGAUGAAUUUUGGCAUCAUGCCGUUGCAAAGUUUUGGUUUGCAAACUCCCUGGGCACGGUCCCGGUCUAUCCCAGCUGGCUCCUGCACGACGCCGUGGCAAUGGUUCUAGCGCCCGACGCGAAGCGCUGGACGCCCCGGGGUGCGCGGCGCUGGGCCUUCGUUCUGCCACGCGUCGACUCGGAAGGCCCAGGCUUGAAGGCUUGGAAGUACGCCAGCCGCUUGGAUGCCGAAGUCGCCCGAGCUGGCAUUGGGCCCUUCAUGUUGGAAGACUCCGAGGACUUGGCAGAAGAAGUCUUGCGAAGGCUCGGAUAUCUGGACCCCGGAGAGGUUCACAACUCCGACUUCCGAGAGGAUUCCGAGAUCCGCAGCUUUUUGUGCCAAGAGGGCUAUUUGGAAGCCACGACUGUUCCGGAGGAGGCAGUCUUCCAAGCGAUGCAGAGCUAUGCCAAGGAGAAGAGACUACCAGCGAAGAGAAGCAGAGUACGCUUGAGCGUGGUCUUGCCCGAUGGAAUGAUCGCCCCCCUGGGCUAUCGAAAGGGAACGGCAUGGCACCCGGAUGCCCGAGUGGUGGAGAACGGGCGCUUGAUCCUCCAUGCACCUCGGGACCGGAAUUCGUGGGUGGAGAUGGGUCAUCCCCAGGUCCCCAUCCAGACCAACCCGCGCGCCUUGACGAGGGUAGGGCAGCUACUUCUUCAUGUGCCUGAAGGCGACUCGGGGUCCGAAUUGGGCGUCAAUGGUGCUAUGAUGUUUCAUGCUGAAGAACGCCAGCUUCAUUGGGCAGACUUCUCGAUCCCUCAUUGCGUCUUCAACGCGGGCACUCAGCAGCUCAGCGCAAGGCCUCGGGUACACCUCAUUAUCGACGUCCUGGGCCGAGACAACGAGGACGGGAGGAGGGGAGAAGGUCUUGGAGGCGAAAAACGCGUCAUGUCGGGAGAAGGGCGUGCUAACCCAUGCAUGGCCAUUCCCAUCCCCAUAGACUUUGCACGCAACUUCCUGGCGCACCUGCCGACGGCCGAGGCGGAGCGCUUCCGCCGCCAUGCGCUGCCGGAGGUGGCCCUCGGGGAGGCCAGUGCGGUGGGUCCACCUGGCACGCGCUUUGCGCGCCCGCUCUCGCGGCAGAUGAGCGACACCUUUGGCAUGUUGCCGGUGGGCGCAGAGAUGCUGAGCUUGGAGCGCAGGAUCUGGGAACAGGUGACCAAGGCAUAUGCCUCGCAAGUCUCAGCCGAGCCGGCGCUGUCUCGAUGGGCCAAUCUCCGCACCCAAACGGCUCACUCUCCGCUGGCGGCCGGAGGGAUCGAUCGGAAGGUGGAGGUGCUACGGCCGGGCUUCUUCGUUGGUGAACGCAUAGAUUUGAAGGACUUGCGGAUCAGAAGCGAUACUGACUGGCUACGCGUGCUGGAUGGAGCCAGGGCCCUGGCUUUGCUGUGGACCUUCGCAUUGCAUUCCUUGCUCCUGGAGACUUGGGACGUGGAAUCUCAGAAGCGAAGAGACCUCGAAGAGACUUGGGACGUGAUGAAGCGACAGUGGUGGGCGCAACUGCCCCUCCAAGGCAACACCGGAGUGGAUGCCUUCUUCGUCCUGAGCGGUUGUUUGAUGACUCGGAGCUACGAGAAGCUGCGCAAAGCUUCUAAACAGCCGCUUUGGAGACGGUAUGCGGUGUUUCUGCUGUGCCGCUUCUUCCGGUUGUGGCCCAUGGUCUGCGUGGCCGUGAUGGCGAGUUUGUUGAUGGGCUUGCUUCCUUGCUGUGCUUGGUCAGCUCGCUGGCACUCGAUUUGGGCGCACCUUCUGCUGGUGCAAAACCUCGAUGUUGAGAGUCUGAAGAAUCCCGACCUCACUGUUUUAUGGAGCAUUGGCACCGAGAUGCAGAUCUACUUGAUCACCCCUGCCCUGCUAGAGCUGCUGCUUCGGCCAACUGGUCAAAGGCGAAUUUGGGCCUUCUUUGCCUUGGGAUGCAUCUCCAUCUUGAGCACAGUCUUCAGGUUCUGGCUGGUCUUUGGUUCGCCUGACAACCCCAUUGAAAGGACUUGGCCCCCUCGGCCCAUCUACGCAAAUCCCCUCUCUCGCCUGUCACCCUACCUGAGCGGCAUCGCGCUUCAAUUGGCCUUCGCAGAGCGAAGCCUGGCUCCGAACGCCACGACAGUGAUUGCAAGCGCCGACUCCACCGCAUCACGCGCCGCGGAAAUUCCGCGCGCCGCGAUGGCAAGCGCCGCAGUUUUUUCGGAUGUGGCGGCGCUGGGUGUUCUGCUUUUGUCGCUGCUUCUGGGGCAGAAGCCCGAAGCUGCUCCUUCCUUCAUGUUCGACCACUUCUCCCAGGUGGUUGUGAAGCUCAUUGCCAUUCUUUUUCCACCCAUUUAUGGCUGGGCUUUGGCUCGCGUGCUGUUCCGCUGCCUCACCACACCACGGGGUCGCAGCCUUCCCUGGUCAGCGUUGCAGCUUUUCUUGGCAUCAAAGAUCUGGAGGUGCUUGGCCACUUUGUCCUAUUCUGCUUAUGUGAUGCAGCAGUUUGCUGUGCAGCCCCUCGCCCGGCUCAUGAAGGAGCUGGAUUUGCAGUGGACUGCGGACACCUCCGUGAGUGAAGCGAUUUGGCGCUAUCCGGUGGUGCUGCUCCUUUGGACCUUGAUGAGCUGUUUGAUCGCCCUACCGUGUCAUGUGAUCAUUGAGAAGCCUGGCAUCCGCCUGGGCAGGAUACUCAGCCAACGAGCUUUGGGCGACGGAGGCGCCCCAUGGCGACCCCACAGCGAGGGUGUUCCUCGAGCGCGAGAGGUAGGAAAUGAUGAAGCCUAG